AUGGCUAUGCCCUCCGUGGUGAAGGAUGAGCAGGGACGCCCAUUUAUCGUUGUCCGAGAUCAAGGAAAGAAGAAAAGACAGCAUGGUACCGAUGCAGUUAAGUCUCAUAUUGUUGCGGCAAAGACUGUGGCCAAUAUUGUGAAAACAUCUUUGGGUCCACGAGGGUUAGACAAGAUCUUAAUUUCUCCAGAUGGGGACAUCACUAUCACAAAUGAUGGAGCCACUAUCCUCUCACAGAUGGAAAUAUCAAAUCAUGUCGCAAAACUGCUCGUCGAGCUUUCAAGAUCACAAGAUGAAGAAAUAGGCGACGGCACCACUGGUGUUGUUGUAUUAGCUGGAGCACUCCUUGAACAGGCCGCAGAUUUGAUUGAUAAGGGCAUUCACCCGAUCAGAAUUGCGGACGGUUACGAUCAGGCUUGCGACAUUGCAGUAGCACACCUCGAUAAGAUCAGUGACAAGGUCGAAUUCUCACGGAAUCAUCAAGAGAAUUUGUUCAAAGUCGCAAAGACUUCCUUGGGCAGCAAGAUUGUAUCAAAAGCACACGACCAGUUUGCAAAGAUAGCAGUCGAUGCUGUACUUUCUGUUGCAGACUUAGAACGCAAGGAUGUCGACUUUGAAUUAAUUAAAGUUGAUGGGAAAGUCGGUGGUGCCCUUGAAGACUCCCUGCUCGUCAAGGGCGUCAUUGUGGACAAGGAUUUCUCCCACCCCCAGAUGCCCGAUGAGGUUAAGGAUGCCAAAAUUGCCAUCUUAACCUGCGCAUUUGAGCCACCAAAGCCCAAGACCAAGCACAAGCUUGAUAUUACCAGCGUGGAGGAGUUUAAAAAACUCCAAGCAUACGAGAAAGAUAAAUUUACUGAGAUGAUAAAACAGCUCAAAGACACUGGUGCUAAUCUUGUCAUUUGUCAGUGGGGUUUCGAUGAUGAAGCCAACCAUCUUCUUUUGCAAAACGAUUUACCCGCAGUCCGAUGGGUUGGUGGCCCAGAAAUUGAACUCAUUGCUAUUGCUACGAACGGCAGAAUUGUUCCUCGAUUUGAAGACCUCAGUGCCGAGAAACUUGGAACUGCUGGUAUAGUCAGGGAAAUGACCUUUGGCACCACAAGAGAGAAGAUGUUGGUAAUUGAGGAGUGUGCAAACACCAGAGCGGUCACUGUGUUUGUCCGAGGAAGUAACAAAAUGAUCAUUGAUGAAGCUAAACGAUCGCUGCAUGAUGCCCUUUGUGUGGUACGGAACUUGGUUCGAGAUAACCGCAUUGUUUACGGCGGAGGUGCGGCCGAAAUCGCCUGUUCCCUUGCUGUAGAGGAGGCUGCCUCCAAGACCCCCGGCCUUGAGCAAUAUGCCAUGCGAGCAUUCGCAGAUGCACUAGACGCCAUCCCACUAGCACUAGCCGAAAACUCCGGAUGGAGCCCAAUUGAGACGCUUGCCUCCAUCAAAUCGAAACAGAUCAAAGAAAAUAACAGCAGAUUGGGCGUGGACUGCAUGCAGACUGGAAGCAAUGAUAUGAGGGACCACUUCGUAAUUGAUCCUCUAAUCGGCAAACGCGAACAGUUGCUCCUUGCUACCCAACUAUGUCGUCUUGUUUUGAAGGUGAACAACGUUAUUAUCGCUGGCGAAGAUAAUGAUGAGUUCUAA